CGGAUGUACUGUUCUUGUUUGCGGCGAUGAUCAGAGCUCGAGCUUGAUGAUGAUGCAGAGCUCGUGAGGCUUGAGAGGAGAAAGACGUCCGAUCGAAGAUCAAAGAUCGAAACCCGAGGGCGCUGUGACCAUGAUUCCAUUCAUCCCUGUCUCAUUGGUUGGGCUCCUCUUCGUCAGUCUGGCCUCCUCUGAGACCGCUGACCCCGCCCUGGAGGACCUGAUCAAUAAGAACGCAGACUUCGCUGCCCGCCUGUACCGAGCCGUCUCCAGCCGAACGGAUGACAACGUCUUCCUGUCUCCAUUCACGCUGUCCACUGCACUCUCAGCGCUGCUGGGCGCAACCAGCGGACCAACGCAGAACCAGCUGCUGCAGGGACUCAGCCUGACUGGACUGGAACCUCAGACUCUGCCAGAUCUGUUUCAGAAUCUGGGAAGUGUCAUCCUGCAGAGGGGUGGCGCCACGAACCUGAGGCAGGGGUUGGCCAUCUUCCCCUCGCAGAGCUUCCAGGUGUCAUCAUCCUACCUGCAGCUGCUUCAGACAAAGUUUGGGGGGAAUGCUCAGAGUCUGGCCUUCGCGGCGCCACAGGAAGCUGCCGACAUCAUCAAUCGCUGGGCUGAGGAGCAGACUGGGGACCAGGUCCAGGGGCUGGUCGCCAACUUGGACCCUCAAACCCAGCUGCUGCUCGCCACCACCGCUUACUACCAGACCCGGUUCAGUCCGUUCUUUAACUCAACGCUCACUCAGGAUGAGCGUUUCUACGUGGACAAGUAUCACGUCGUCAUGGUGCCCAUGAUGUUCAGGGCUGAUAAGUACUUCCUGGCGUAUGACCGCUUGGUGAAGGCUGGUGUGCUGAAGCUGCCGAUGGCGGACGGGACGGCCAUGUUGGUUGUGCUGCCUGAUGAAGAUGUGGACAUCACCACCGUCGAAGAGGAAGUGACUGGCGAGAAGAUCCGAGCCUGGAUCAGACAGCUGAAGAAGACGAAGUUGGAGGUGCAGUUUCCCCGCUUCCUGUUGGAGCGUUCCUACACUCUGCGCGACGUCUUGCAGACUCUUGACAUCACUCAGGUGUUUCAGGAUGACGCUGACAUCAGCAACAUGAGUGGCUCUAAAGGACCCAAACUCACACAGGUUUAUCAGAAAUCUGUCCUGUCUGUCGACGAGAGCAGCAACGACAUCACUCCAGGAGACGGAGUCAACAUGUUCUCCGCGCUUCCUCCUCGACUGACCAUCAACAGACCCUUCAUCUUCAUCAUCUACCAGGAGGCGAGCCGCAGCGUGAUGUUCAUGGGCCGAGUCAUCAACCCCACCAAGAAAUAAAAUGAAGCCCCGCCCACUUGAGUUUCUGUUGCUACACCUGUUAAACUCAAGUUUUUCCCAACCUUUCCUUCUCACCUUCAUGCGUACAUUUAUGUGUACAGUUUGACUUUGUCCUGAUCUUACAGGAUAAAGGACUGUUUGACUGUAAAACCUUAGACGAUGCCGUAGAUGUCAGCUGCAGGAGCUCUUGGGUUAAUGGUGCCCUCUACUGGUGAUAUGAGGUUAUGGUGAUGCCUGUUUUGUUCCCUUUACAGUUAGCUUAACACAGCUUUGAGAGUGUAUUAUCAAAGCAUCACACACAAACAAACUCAACCAGUUGAUAAAAACUCUUCACGGUUGUCUUCUUCAAACUUCUCUGGCUGAGAGCACUGAAGGCUGCCCUCUACAGGAAGGAGGCUGAAUGACAUUAAAUUCAGAGGGAAGACAAAACAAAUCUAGUAAAAUUCUGAUAUUACAAGGCAACAUUUUAGUAGUAGACCUGGAACUUCCACAGUACAUAUUUGUGGUAACUUUCUUUCCUCCCUGACACUGAAACACGAGCCUUUAGGGUGCUGGUGAACACAUGACAAAAAUGUUGGGGAUGUUCUGAUGCACUCAGCAGGUUUAAGACUAACAACUGAUGAUAAACUAAAUGUUAGCAUGAUAACUACUAUCAUACCAUAUGCACUGUAUAGUUUAUGACAUUUACUGUAUUCAACUGUAACUCUAGUUAAAUAUAUGCACUGUUAAAAACAUGUAUGUACCACCUGCAGUAAACCUUCAUUGGAAAAUAUUAAACACUAAAAUGAC